CAGGUUCAGCUGCCUUUUGUAAAUCAGCCUCAACCGUCAGUCUCAUUUUUGUUAAUUUUGGGCACAUAAUCUUAUUCGAUCGUCGUCGUCUCCGCCGCUUCCUAGCCGGUGCUUGCCGCCGAUAAGGUCCAUCUUCAGUGGUGUUCGAAAUUUAGGUGGACUGUAUAGUUUCUAAUUUGUUCUGGGUACCUUUCACUAAUUUAUGAAGCCACAUUCUGAUCAAUCUGAUUGAAGGUGAUUAUGGACAGCCAGAUUAUACGCUUGAAUUGGAGGUGUAAUUUCUUGGGUCAACAACGUAGGGUGCAGAAUUUUCGAACUUUGUGUGUUCCGAAGUCUGCUUCUUUUCAAAGUCCUUAUUUUCCCGGAGGAAUUUUGGGUAAAGGCAUAAAGUGUUCAAUGAAGUCCUAUAAGUUAUCUGAACUUAAUCAGGAUGCUGUCACUGGUCUAAAGGCCCGUCCUCGUAUUGAUUUUUCUUCAAUAUUUGGUGUGGUCCAGCCCAUUGCUGAUGAUGUUCGAAAAAGAGGUGAUGCUGCAGUUAGAGACUAUACUGCAAAGUUUGACAAAGUUGAACUGAACGAGAUUGUUGUUAGUGUCUCUGACCUGCCAGAGCCAGAGCUUGAUUCAGCUGUCAAAGAAGCCUUUGAUGUAGCUUAUGACAAUAUAUAUGCAUUUCAUGCUGCCCAGAUAUCAGUGGAAAAAAAUGUUGAAAAUAUGCCUGGAGUAAAAUGCAAACGGGUGGCAAGAAGCAUUUCUUCUGUUGGUCUCUACGUUCCUGGGGGAACUGCUGUUUUACCCUCAACGGCUUUGAUGCUCUCUAUUCCUGCUCAGAUUGCUGGUUGCGGUACUGUUGUUCUUGCAACACCUCCCAGUCAGGAUGGCAGCAUAUGCAAGGAGGUGCUCUAUUGUGCGAAGAAGGCGGGUGUGACUCACAUUCUUAAGGCAGGAGGAGCUCAGGCUAUCUCUGCUAUGGCUUGGGGAACAGAAUCUUGCCCUAAGGUUGAGAAAAUUUUUGGCCCUGGUAAUCAAUAUGUAACAGCUGCCAAAAUGAUUCUUCAAAAUAGUGAAGCGAUGAUUUCAAUUGACAUGCCUGCGGGCCCAUCUGAAGUUCUGGUUAUUGCUGAUAAAUAUGCCAGCCCCGUUCAUAUAGCAGCAGAUUUGCUUUCUCAGGCUGAGCAUGGCCCUGACAGUCAGGUUGUUCUUGUAAUUGCCGGUGAUGGUGUGGAUGUUAAAGCUAUUGAAGAAGAACUCAGCAAACAAUGUAAAAGUCUUCCAAGGGGAGAGUUCGCUUCAAAAGCCCUGAGCCAUAGUUUUACUGUGUUUGCUCGCGAUAUGGUUGAGGCAGUCUCCUUUUCAAACUUAUAUGCACCUGAGCAUUUAAUAAUUAAUGUCAAGGAUGCAGAAAAAUGGGAGAGUUUCAUUCAGAAUGCAGGUUCUGUCUUCUUGGGGCCAUGGACCCCAGAAAGCGUGGGAGAUUAUGCAAGUGGGACGAAUCAUGUUCUUCCAACCUAUGGUUAUGCACGGAUGUAUGGUGGAGUUUCGCUUGACUCAUUUUUAAAAUACAUGACGAUACAGUCUUUAACAGAGGAGGGUUUAAGAAAACUUGGUCCCUAUGUUGAAAAAAUGGCUGAAGUUGAGGGACUGGAUGCCCAUAAAAGAGCUGUAAGUCUUAGAUUGAAGGAUAUUGAAGCCAGGAAAAUCUCAAGUUCAAGGUGAUUGUCUAGAUACUUCAUGUAGUGCCUAUUUAUGGAAAAUUCAAACCCAGAUUUUGACUAUUCAUCAUGAAAUUGUUAUUACUUUUUUGGCUGCUCUGGUUGGUGUAGAUGACAUAAAUCUGGAAUGAGGUUUGAUCAAUGACUCUUGAACCUUGAGAUGUCAAUGACUGUAUAAACACCAUUAGAAUGAAACAAGUUGUACAACUUUUAUCUUUAAAUCUAGUGCUUUCAAAUUUUUUAAUCA